CAAAUUUACCAGGGCGUGCAGCAGCUGUCCACUGGCAUGUCAACGGGAUCGUCAGCACAGUCCAUGCAGGGGUUCACUCCGUGCCUGCAGUGCGCCUUUUCACUCCUCUUCAUCAUCCAGGACCUGCAGCCCCGAAUAUGGCGGACCAGUACCAGUACAACGCCAACGAUGAAAAGAUCGUGAAGGACAGCAACACCAAGGAGAUCGAUCUUAUCAACCGUGACCCGAAGCAGAUCAAUGAGGACGUGGUGAAGGUGGAGUUCGAGGACGUCAUCGCGGAGCCAGAUGGCACACACAGCCUGGACGGCGUCUGGAAGCUCAGCUACACCACCUUCACCGUGUCCAAGUACUGGUGCUACCGCAUUCUGUCCGCCAUCUUCGGCAUCCCCGUGGCUCUCAUCUGGGGCUUCCUGUUUGCCUUAAUCUCCUUCUGCCACAUCUGGGCGGUGAUGCCCUGCAUCAAGAGCUGCCUGAUUGAGUCGCAGUGCGUCAGCCGCAUUUACUUGCUGUGCAUUCAGACCUUCUGCGAUCCUUUGUUCGAAGCCCUGGGCAAGAUCUUCGGCAGCGUACGCGUGGCACUGCGCAAGGAGGUCUAAAAACUCACACGACGCUGCUGGGAAAAUCAGACGAGGCCUGCUAUCUUUUUCUACACCACGUUGGCGACUAUAUUUUGUCUACCAUUCUCUCAUCCCAGAGAGGUCUGUUAGUAGGAUUUUGUACAAAAAAAGGUAGCAUUAUUAAUAGGAAAUCUAUAAGUUUGCCCCGCCCCCUUUUCAUGGAGAGAUCUAUUAUCAUGAGAAUUAAAAAAUAUAUUUUGCACAUAAAAUUAGUUAUUAGUAGAAACAUUUUAACCACUUUGGCACCCUGUCUUGCUGUACUCUGGGUGUUGUAAAGAGAUUCUUUUGUAGGAUUUUAUAAAAAACACACAACAAAGUAGAGUUAUUAGCAGGAAAUGGAAUAUGUUGUUUUUGAGUUAUUGACUUUAAAGAAAAUAUUACGAAAAAAAAUUAGCCCAAAGUACAAAACUUAGCUUUUUCAUCAUGGAGGAUUUUCAGUACGGCUGUUGUUCAAUGAAAAUUUUGUCAGAGACAGUCAGCUUUCUUUUUAAGUAAAAUGCUUCUAAGUGGACGGCAA